AUGCGUGCAAAUUUAGUGACGAAGCCGCCACAAAAGUUUUCCCCGGGAGUGGGGAAAAGAGAAAAAGGUACCACGUUUACGAUGCAAAACGUCUCUGCCUGCGUUCGAUCCUCCGCGCAUUCUUACGUCGUUGAAAGGAGGAGGAAGUAUGGUUCUUGUGGUUCACACGCUGGCGUCGUGGUCAGAGCGAGGAAAGGUUUACUCGCGGAAAAGUUCGAGAAGGAGGAGGAAAAGGACACGAACGGGGAAGCCGUCGGCGAGGACGAUGCGUCGGGGGAUGCGGUGCGACUGUGCGCCUGCAACAGCAACGAGACGUACGAAAACUGCUGCAAACGCGCGCACGAGAACGGGAUAACGCGAGAGACGACGCCAGAAAUGAUCGUUCGCGCGAGAUUUACGAGCUAUAAGGAAAAUAAACCGGAGUUUAUCGUCGAGAGUACGCACGAGGAUUCGCCAGAUUUUACCAAGAGAGACGAGACGGAUGCGGAAAACGCGCGGAGGACGCUCGAGUCAGACGCGAAGGCGACGGCGAAGAAGAUUCGGUUUUUGAGCUUGAAAAUCAUGAAGAAAGGGAGUAAUGGUGAAAAUGAGAGUGGUGGUGAAGAGGCGUUUGUUUCGUACGAGUGCGCGUUCGACGCGGGAGAGAAGAGGGCGAAGAAAUCGAGGGCCAAGGCGAAAACGCUCGCCGAGCGAGCGAGGUAUCGAAAGGAUAAAGAUGGGAAGUGGAAGUACGUGGACGCGUUGCAAUUGAACGAUAACGUUCUUUCUGCGGAUGGUUUUGACGAUGGAGGGCACAAUCGGGGGAAGAGUAAUUGGGGGAACGGUAAUUUAGGCAAAAUCUUUUAG